AGGCGGCCCUUGCUGCAGCUCCAGCAGUUAGGAGGGGUGGGUCCUGAGUAUGGCGGAUGGCUACAGUCUCGACACGGAUCAGACAACACGCACGCUCUUACGGCGCGUGCUGGAUGCGGCAGAUUCGCGCACCCCGAGGCGACGACGGAGUGCUCGUACUAAUACACAGAGAACUCUGCUUCAAACACCUUCCUCCAAGAAGCAGGGUACACCUUCCUCCAAGAAGCAGGGUACACCUUCCUCCAAGAAGCAGGCUAGCCAAACAAAAACAACUGCUAGGAGGCAUUCCUAUGGCACUAGGUCAGGUGGCAGAUUGGCUCAUGUUCAAGCCCAUGGGCACCUGGAGGAACAGACCCCCCGGACUCUGCUGAAGAACAUCUUACUAACUGCCCCAGAAUCGUCUAUCGUGAUGCCAGACUCAGUGGUGAAGCCAGUACAAGUACCAGAGAUGGUGGAGUCUUCCAGACGGGAAAGCAGUCCGGGAAGCCCGGAGCUACAACUUCCUGAACUGGAACCCCCCUCAACCCAGGCUCCAGGUCUCCCAGCCACUGGCAAAAGGAAGCAAAGACUGAGAUUGUCAGUAUUUCAGCAGGAAGUGAACCAGGGGUUGCCUCUCUCCCAAGAGCCACCUGGGAAUGCUGAUGUUUCAUCCUUGACCAGCUCCUUCAACCUCAGCUUUGCCCCACCUCUUCAGUCACAGUCAAUGAGGAGACCUGGUCUGGCCCGUAGACGCCCCAUACGCCGACCUGUGGAUGUAGGUGCUCUUUUGCAGGAUCUGGAAGAUAAUUCCUUGACCUCAGCUCUUCCAGGUGACACCCACAGAACCUCUGUUGCCACUCUGCCAACGGAUGUAGUGCUGGAAGACACCCAGCCUUUCUCGCAGCCCUCGGGUGGCUGCUCCCUCAGAGCGCAUCACUCUCUGCCCACCCAUUCUCACCCUGGGGUUGAAGGUGCUGAAAGAGUCGUGGACUGCGGGACACAAAGCCCUGGGACCGGGCUGCAGAAGCAUAAACCCCUGUCUAGGAGUUCGUCCUCACCCUGGAGCAGAGUCGGGUUGGCCGGGAGACCCUCAGUCACUGCUGUACUGCUGCCUCAGCUUGUUCCCCACUCAGGGAGCAGCACCAGCUUUGGUUCUGCUCCUCCACCCCUCCUGGAGCCACAGCCUCAGCCUCCAGAACUAAGAGAAGUGGUAGGAUCCCAGGAGACUGUGGAGGCCAAGGAGCAAGAGGGCUCUUCGGGGGAUGAGGAGACUCCUGGAAGGCCAGCAAGUCCAGAGUUAGCCUCCAACGCCUAUGACUUACUCCAGGCCGAGCAGCCACACCAGCUUCUUGAGUCCCCCCCACCACCUGGAGUUGCACUUUCAGAGCCUCUGGAGUCUGUGCCAGCCAGGCUUCCUCCCAGGAAGAGAACUGCAGGUCCUAGGCCCCGCCAAGACCCCUACAAGGCUGGACUGCACUACUACAUGAAGCUCUUCAGCUUCUAUACUAAGAUGCCUGUGGAGAAGAAGGCACUCGGGAUGGUGGAGAAGUGCCUAGACAAGUAUUUCCAGCACCUUUGCAGUGACCUGGAGGUAUUUUCUGCUCAUGCUGGCCGCAAGACUGUGAAGCUAGAGGAUUUAGAGCUGCUGUUGCGACGGCAGGGACUAGUCAUGGAUCAAGUCUCGCUGCACGUGCUUGUGGAGCGGUACCUGCCUUUAGAGUACCGGCAGCUGCUCAUCCCCUGUGCAUUCAGCGGCAAUUCUGUCUUCCCUGCCCAGUAGUGGCCAGGCUUGGACCCACACAAUUAUCAAGGUCUCCUUCUCAUCUCCUAGCCCAAUAAAGUCUCACAAAUGGG